GGGAGUGCUUGGUGUAAGGGACGUGGGUUAGGGUUGGGUUACGGUUUAAGCUCAACUCCUAAGAUUUAAGGCAACUUUUGCGCAACUGCAUUCAACACUUCACGAUGAAGGUGGAUGAAAGCUUGUGAGACCCAUUUUCAGGUACCUGGGUAAGUAGAUAACAGCCCAUGUUCUCAAUCCAAAUGUUCCUGACUCUUCUAGGGGUAAAGGAACUAUGUACGUCAUACCAUUGGCCCGGUUUUUCUCAACCUCGUCGGCCGGCUAUUAUGAGGCUAUUGCCAAGACUCCUAACCCCAAUCCUGGCUAAUAUGGUGUAUUGAGUUCGAAAUAUUCAAGUUAGUAUAUUGGCGAAAUGGAAAAUAUCCACCGGCAGAUGGUAGUAUCAUAGUAGGGUAACGAUGCUAGUGUUCCCAUUCCCCUGUAUUAGAGAAGCGCCGAACCAGCAAUUAACUGCACAUUUUCUGCCAUUUCAUACCAUUUCUCGUAGGAUUCAUGCAUGUUAAGUACUAGAUAUAGCUCGUCAAGAUCGCCGCAAUCCUCAUCCUAUAGGUACUAGGUAGUUGUCGCUUACGUUCAUCAUCCCUAUCGCUACCAGGAUCGAUUACUAAGUUGUCUAGUAACCGACCUAAAGUUGGAAGCACGAAAUGCAGCUAGCCUCGCUCAUUGCGCUGGCAUUCGCCGCGCCCUCACAGGCAUUGAUUCGAUUUUCCUGUUCGCAGCUCGUAAUAGAUCGUAUCGACCCUCUAGUCAAUCCGGGCAUGGCGCCCUCUCCCCAUCUGCACCAGAUAAUCGGCGGCAACUCACUCAACGCGACCAUGGACCCUGCCAAAGACAUGCCUGGCGAGUCGACUUGCACAACGUGCCAGUACACGGAGGAUACUUCGAAUUAUUGGACAGCCGUCCUUUUCUUCCGGGCUCGUAACGGCACCUUCAAGCGUGUUCCGAUCCGAGCCAACGCUGGCUUCGACGGCGCUGGUGGCGGCAUGACUGUAUAUUAUAUGCAGAACGGGCUCGCCGAUUACCAGCAGCGGUCCAAGGUCACGGCCUUUAAGCCUGGAUUCCGAAUGCUUAUAGGCGAUGCCCUUGCACGAACUGCCGCUGAUGCCAGCCGAUACCGGCAGGUUACGUAUACCUGCUUGCAGGACAUGGGCACGCGAUUCCCCGAGACCAAGAACCUCCCCACCAAGCCGUGCCCAGCCGGCAUCAUGGCAAACGUCCGCUUCCCAACUUGCUGGGAUGGUAAGAACCUGGACACUCCGGAUCACAUGUCGCAUAUGACGUACCCGGCGACCGGGACCUUCGACUCGCAAGGCCCAUGCCCCGAGAGCCACCCGGUGCCCGUUCCCGAGCUCAUGUACGAAACGGUUUGGGACACGCGUGCGUUCAACGACCCGAAUGAGUGGCCUGAAGAUGGAUCGCAGCCUUUCGUCUGGAGUAUGGGUGAUCACACCGGGUACGGCAGUCACGGAGAUUACCUUUUUGGCUGGAAGGGUGAUACUCUGCAGAGAACCAUGGAUACUCCCUGCUAUGUCAACUGCCCUACUCUGACCACGCAGUCAAUCGCCGAUCAGAACAGGUGCAAAAUUAACAGAACUGUCACCGAGGAUAUUGACUCUUGGCUACCUGCGAUCCCCGGCAACCCGAAAAUUACCAAGAAGCACAUAACCAGUUAAGGUAGUGAUCUAUCUCCAACCCAUCCACGUUGGUAACAGUCCAGUAUCCUAGCUGCCUAAACUAGUAAUUUGGGUAAUUGGCAUCUCUUGGUUCGUCUCGGUCUUUUGCUCUCAUGAUUUGUAACGCAUUAAUCCCGUAAUAUUAUUGUGACCUGCGCAUGAUUGGAUAUGAGGAAGGAUGAUGAAGGGCGUAUCCGUGUUGGUCGGUAAACGAAAAUGGUUCUUAAGCAACAUCU